AGGGCUGGGGGUGGGGCUGAGGCCCCCCAUUCUCCCGGCUUCCCCCUGGCAGGAAUCCCUGGGGUCCUGGGGCGCCUGGCUGGGGAAACGGAGAGAGGGAGUCCAGGGAAGGGUUAAAGGAAGGGGAGGAGCCUCGACAGAGACCCCUCCCCUUCCAUCACCACUUAUUCCCAGUCUCCCUGCUGGCAGUCCCAGACCAUCAUUGCCAUACAGAAUUGUCCUGAAUACCACCAUUUGCUAGCCAAGCCCAAACCCAAAAGUCCCACUGAGAUGUUGAUUGAUAAUAUUGUCCUUUAUCCGUUUUAGACCCCUAAAUAGUAGCAAUUGCAAGGACAUUGUGCUGCUCUCCUCUGUACAGUUCCACCCCUAUUUCAGGCCUUGUGGCUGAUUUAAAUGUUUAGCUGCUGAUAACAUGGCAACGUUUAGCAGGUGAUAUUGUGAGGUUUAGCUGGUGAUAAACCACAAGUGAUAUUGUGCGUUUUGGUAAUGAUAACAUUACGAUCUUUAUCUGCUAAUAGCCCUGCAAUAUUUAGCAGGUGAUAUUGUGAGGUUUAGCUGGUAAUAAACCACAAGUGGUAUUGUGAGUUUUGGUAAUGAUAACAUUACGAUCUUUAUCUGCUAAUAGCCCUGCAAUAUUUAGCAGGUGAUAUUGUGAGGUUUAGCUGCUACUAACAUUGCAGCGUUUAGCUGGUAAGUUAUCGCAAUGUUGAAAAGCAGGUGUUGCCUAGCCCUUGCACACAUUGUGAUUCGUAAUAUAUUGCCAGCUCAGUAUUAGGAAACAGUUAUCACAAUGUAAACUUCAAGCCAGUCUUGGGCAAUAUACCAAUAUAUCGCCCAGCUCUAAUCAUGACCUAUAUUUCUGACCCAGUGUAUCAUUGCUGAUUUUACCAGUUUGUCCCCAGGAAUCCCUGGGGUCGUGGGGCGCCUGGCUGGGGAAACGGAGAGAGGGAGUCAAGGGAAGGGUUAAAGGAAGGGGAGGAGCCUCGACAGAGACCCCUCCCCUUCCAGCACCCCUGACCCCCCUUCUCCCCCCCUUCCCUGAUGACACUACCAGGUUAUCUGUAUUCACUAGGACUCAUCUCCAUACUUUGGAUUGUCCUGAAUACCACCAUUUGCUAGCCAAGCCCAAACCCAAAAGUCCCACUGAGAUGAUGAUUGAUAAUAUUGUCCUUUAUCCGUUUUAGACCCCUAAGUAGUAGCAAUUGCAAGGACAUUGUGCUGCUCUCCUCUGUACAGUUCCGCCCCUAUUUCAGACCUUGUGGCUGAUUUAAAUGUUUAGCUGCUGAUAACAUGGCAACGUUUAGCAGGUGAUAUUGUGAGGUUUGGCUGCUACUAACAUUACAGCGUUUAGCUGGAGUUUAUGUUCCAGGCACUCCAAAGAAUGAAGUGGAGAAGACAGUCAGAAUUCUGGGGGACAUCUGAAAUUUCCUUAGGAUUAACAAAGAAACUAUUUAAAUGCAUUGAAAGUGGUAUGUGAUUCAGUCAAUGAACACACAAACUUCACAUCAAUGAACUCAAAGAGUGGAGAAACCAUUUCAGGCUAUGGAGCAUGGAAAAAGCUUAAAUGAUAGUGGAACACCUAGAAAACAUCAACAGACUAACACAGGGAAGAAACCAUUUAAAUGUGUGGAGUGUGGGAAAAGCUUCACUGGUAGCGGAACACUUAGAAGACAUCAACGAACUCACACAGGAGAGAAACCGUUUAAAUGUAUGGAGUGUGGUAAGAACUUCGCACAGAGAUCACACCUUCAUGCACAUCAACAAACUCACACAGGGGAGAAAGCAUUUGAGUGUAUGGAGUGUGAAAAGAGCUUCAGACAGAGGCCACACCUUCAGGUGCAUCAGCGAACUCACACAGGGGAGAAAGCCUUUCAAUGCAUGGAGUGUGGAAAGAGCUUCAGUGACAGUGGAACGCUUAGAGUUCAUCAACGGAUUCACACAGGAGAGAAACCAUAUAAAUGUAUGGUGUGUGGAAAGAGCUUCAGUGAUUAUAGAACACUUAAAAAACAUCAACGGAUUCAUACAGGGGAGAAACCAUUUGAAUGUAUGGAAUGUGGAAAGAGCUUCAGAGAGAGGUCGCACCUUCAUGCUCACCAACGAAUUCACACGGGGGAGAAACCAUAUAAAUGUAUGGAGUGUGGAAAGAGCUUCAGUGAUGGUGGAACUCUUAGAGUUCAUCAACGGAUUCACACAGGGGAGAAACCAUAUAAAUGUACGGAGUGUGGAAAGAGCUUCACUGAUAAUAGAACACUUAGAAAACAUCAACGGAUUCACACAGGGGAGAAACCAUAUGAAUGUAUGGAGUGUGGAAAGAGCUUCAGCCAGAGUUCAAGCUAUAGAAACCAUCAAAGGACCCACACAGGGGAGAAACCAUUUAAAUGCAUGCAGUGUGGAAUGAACUUCACUAAUAGUUCACACCUUCGGUCACAUGAACGAACUCACACAGGGGAGAAACCAUUUAAAUGCAUGGAGUGUGGAAAGAACUUCAGGGACAUUUCACAGCUUCGUUCACAUGAACGAACUCACAUAGUUGAGAAACCACUUAAAUGCAUGGAUUGUGGAAAGAACUUCAGGGACAUUUCACACCUUCGUGUACAUCAUAGAACUCACACAGGGGAGAAACCAUUUGAAUGCAUGGAGUGCGGAAAGAGGUUUAAUCGGAGUGAAACACUUAGAAUCCAUCAUCGAACUCACACAGGGGAAAAACCAUUUAAAUGUAUGGAGUGUGGAAAGAGCUUCAGUGACAGUGGAACACUUAGAAUUCAUCAACGAAUUCACACAGGGGAGAAACCAUAUAAAUGUACAGAGUGUGGAAAGAGCUUCACUUAUAAUAGAACACUUAAAACACACCAACGAAUUCACAUGGAAGAAACCAUGUAAAUGUAUGGAGUGCGGAAAGAUCUUCAGUGACAAUGGU